AAACAUGGCAUGCAAAACUGUGGAUGAUUCAUCUCUAAGUAAUGAUCCCUAUCGACAACAGCUGGAAAUGACGCUGGCAUCGAAUGCAAGCUGGGAAGACUACCUUUCCCCAGCACCGAUGACAAUUGCUUUAUUCGGCCAGCUCAUGGUGGUAUCAAGCAACCAUGACUUUGCAAUAGAUCAAAAUGCCCCCAAAGGUGGCUACAAGCAUAUCAAAUACCCCAAGUCAUUCCGGGCCAGCCUCAUGCAGGUUGCUAAUUCUGCGCGUAAUGUGUUCAAUGUUGGGCACACGAGCAUGGAUAAAAUUAAACAAUUUUCAGCCAUGCUCCCGACGACGCUCACAAACGUAGUCAAAAUCUUAAACAAUGAUGCAAAAUUGAUCAAGUUGUUUAUGCCUAUUCAACUCCGAAAGCUUGAAGACAUCACAAAAAGCUGCUUGGAUCAGGCUAAACAUGCGGAAGAGCUAUUCACGUCUCUUAGAGAUCUCACUUCGGAGCUGAUGGAAGCAUGCUGUGCCUCGAAAGGCAAAUAUGAGAAGGACGUUACUCUUUCUACGCAGGCCUUGGAGAUACUCAAUAUGAAAGACAAAGCAGUGCACGAUGAAAAGAAGAUAAUUGAAGAGUCCAUGGGGGCAUUGCAGAAAGAGUUUCAUGAAGCCAUGCAGUUUCACAAGGAUGCAAUAAAGAACUUGCCAAGUGGAUGGAAUAUCAAGGAUUUGACAGAUGCCUUAAUUGACGGAGUUAAAGGUAGCUAUAAUCAGAUCAUGAGCACAGUAUAUAAUGGUCCUCAAUCUGAAACGAAUGCCACAGGUAGUCAAUCCACACCUCACUGCGAUAACAGGUAUUAUGAGGGCAGUGUUUACACUAAAGCUGAUUUUCUCUACAAAUUGAUAAAUAAGCUAGUUAGUGUUGAAAAUAGUGAGUCAGAAGGUAACCAGAAUCCGCAAUGCUCGUGCGAAUACAUAAAACGGGAACUUGAUAAGAUUGUAGUGGCGCUGCAUGCAGAAAAAGAUUGCGAUCCAAAGCAAAGGGCGAUUGAAAUAUGCAAUCUCGGCAUACAGCUGUGUUCAGAAAUGGUUGACGAUAAAAAACCGCUGGACCCAAUGCAGAUGCAGAAUCUCGCAAAGAUGGCAACAGAAUUUUACGAAAGCAAAGAGGAAGCGAAGACUUCCGCUGGCACGCCAGAACAAACUCUGCCUAAUUCUGAACAUUCUAAUGGGUCAAAAAGCGGGCGAUUGCAAUUGGAAUAUUCUGAGAAACUUCUGCAAAUGACCCAAACAUGGAAGACACAUGCCCAUGAGAAGAUGAUCAAAAACAAUGAGGAAGUAUUCCGCAUCAUUGAGGAUAUAGGUAAACACAAGAUGGAAAAGAUUGAUUUCGAAACUACAAAGGAAAUACUUGCAAAAGGAUUAGAAGCAAUUAGCCAGAUUCAGGAACAGUGGACAAAACUGGUCCAGUUUUUUUAAAUUAUUUCUAAUUUAACUGAGGUUAAUUUGAAACAACAUAUUGACUAUUUGGUUGACAAUUGCAAUGUGGACACCAAAAGUGAAGACAGUGAUUUGGUUCUUUCAUUUCUAAGAGAAAUGAUCUCGGCCCCGCUGAUGCAGACGUACGCAGUCGCCGACAAAGUGAACAUGAUGGCGACGGUCUACGUAGACGUCUCGAACAAGUACCUCAUGAACACCGUCUCUGGCCUCGGCAGGCUGAUCGCGCUCGACGACCCGGAUGAGAGACAAGGCGAGCUGAAGAAGCUGACAGAGUACUGCAAAGAAGCUCAGAAGGGAAUAAUAGAAAUAGCCAAGCUAAAAAAAAACGAAUACGAUGAAAAAUGCAGGAAGAGACAACAAUCGAUUCAGUGUCAACAGCAGUUAGGCAACUGAUGAUGGGGAAAUACAAACAAAGACGAUCGAUUUUUCCUAUCCAAGAAUAACACAAAUUAAACACUGCACCAUUAGACUCAACACUGCACCAUAGACUCAACACUACACCAUAGACUCAGCACUGCACCACACCUUAGACUCAACACUGCCCAUAGACUCAACACUGCACCAUAGACUCAACACUGCCCAUAGACUCAACACUGCCCAUAGACUCAACACUGCACCAUAGACUCAACACUGCACCAUAGACUCAACACUGCCCAUAGACUCAACACUGUCCAUCGACUCAACACUGCACCUUAGACUCAACACUGCACCAUAGACUCAACACUGCACCAUAGACUC